ACUUUUCCCCUCCACUUCCUUAACAAAUUUGUUUUUAUCAAAAUAGCAAAAAUGUUAACAUAUUCAUCAGAUUUGUGAAUUGGGCUUCAUGCUAUUCCAGAGGCCCAAUACUUGCGACCAAUGUUCUACGGGCCCGAUUUAACCCAUGCCCAAACUCGACUAUGGCCCAAAACCAUCCUGGAGUUGGCGGGAGAUACAAACCAGCCCAUUUCGAACGACAUUUUGAAAAGACCGUUACUAUCGCCGAUUCUUCUCAAGACUCUGAAACGGAAUUCCGUUCUUCCCUUCCCCCAACUUUCCCGGUCAGCCAAACACCGUCUGAUUUUCCGGGAUAAGCGUAAAAAACGAAUCUGCUUAAACCGCUUAUUUCAAUCCCCACCCAGCAACAUUUCUCGAGUGCUAUACCUUUUUCCCCAACACCACCAUUCCUCCCCUGAAUUUCCCAAAAACAAUUUUCUCACAUCUCUGCGAGAAUCGCCGUUGAUCAGAAAAGCAAUCAAUCCCCCACAAAGAGAAGUUUCCCUCUGUACUAUGUUUUCUCGCGCAACCCUGAUCAAAUCCUCAAAAUUGAUCCGUCGUGACUUACCCAGCCCCAGAUUCUUCACCCGUCGCAUCUUCGAUCAAUCGCCAUUGGAAAGCUCUGUUUCUGUACCGUCAUUGGCAGCCGCUUCUUCUUCGUCUUCUGCUAACGGCAAUAAGAAUGGGGAAAGGGAGUCUGUGAAAUCAUUUGUCAGAUCCAUUUCUUCUGGGGUUGCGAUUUUGGGCUCCAGCCUUGGACUGGGCUACUGGUAUUCGUCGGAGGUUGAUCGGAACGGGUUCGUGUCUUAUGCGGAAGGGGCAACCGCCGAUGCCCUCGAGUGGACAACGAGCGCCAAUCUCAGCCUUCCUUCGCCGGACUCCUCCGAGCCUAAGCGCCGAUUCAUCUUUGGAGAAGGGUUCAGGAGAAGGGUGUUCUUCAAUUACGAGAAGCGCAUAAGAUUACAGAGUCCCCCAGAAAAGGUGUUUGAGUAUUUUGCUUCGUCCAGAAGCCCCGGUGGGGAUGUUCUGAUGACCCCUGCCGACUUGAUGCGAGCAAUCGUACCGGUUUUCCCUCCGUCGGAAUCCGAUCGAGUCCGGCAGGGAUCCUUGAGAGGGGAGAGGUUCCACGGCGAGCUUCAAUGUGCGCCAUCCAAGUUCUUCAUGCUGUUUGAUACUAACAACGAUGGCCUCAUCUCGUUUCCAGAGUACAUUUUCUUCGUUACUCUGCUCAGCAUUCCUGAAUCCAGCUUCCAUGUCGCGUUCAAAAUGUUCGAUCACAACAACAAUGGAGAGAUCGACAUCGAGGAGUUCAAAAGGGUAAUGGGACUAAUGCGAUCGCAGAGCAGGCAAGGCGCCCGCCAUCGAAACGGGAAGAGACAGGGUCUCAAGGUCACGGAUCCCGUCGAAAAUGGUGGAUUGCUUGAAUACUUCUUCGGCAAAGACGGCAACUCCUGCCUCGAACAUGGAAAAUUCGUCGAGUUCCUCAGGGAAUUGCACGACGAAAUCCUAAGGCUAGAGUUUGCUCACUACGACCACAAGUCGACGGGUACCAUAUCAGCAAGAGACUUCGCUCUAUCGCUAGUCGCAUCGGCCGAUGUCACUCACAUAAGCAAGUUACUCGACCGAGUCGACGAGCUCACCCAUAACCCGAACCUCAGGGACAUCCGAAUUUCGUUCGACGAGUUUCGAGAAUUUGCCGACCUACGCAAGCAGCUCGAGCAACUGACCCUAGCCAUCUUCAGCUACGGGCGUGUCAAUGGCGUGUUGACCAAGAAAGAUUUCCAGAGAGCCUCAUCCCAGGUAUGUGGCGUCUCGAUCACCGACAAUUUGGUGGACAUAAUCUUCCACGUGUUCGAUGCAAAUCGAAACGGGACUUUGAGCUCCGACGAGUUCAUCAGGGUGUUGCAGAGGAGACAGAACGAUAGCUUGGUGAGUAGGCAAGCCGGGUUGAGAGGAUUGAUAGCUUGUUGCAUGAAUUGUGCAACUAGUUGUUCUUCUUCAGCUAAGGCCGUGCUGUAAGAUACAAAUGGCAAUCUCAAGCUGUUGGAUGCUAGUGGUGGUGGCGUUUUUUCUUCCAUCGGCACACUAGCAAUUGCUCUAAGGGAUAGUAUAUGUUAUAUAGGGUUUUGAAUUGACUACAAGACUGAAGAAGGGUAGGGGGGUUCAAUGUGUUUUUUGGUUGUUUUUUCCUUGUGCAUUUCUUCAGUUAGUGUUUUAUAUGACGUACUACCGUGUAAUGUUGAUGUUGAAGUUGAUGAUGAUGAAAAUCUAUAUAUAUAUAAGAAUUGUUUGAGGGUUUUGAGGAUAUUUCUGGUUAACUAAAUAUUGGUAUUUAUGUAUUUGGAUCAUGUGUAUACAAUGCAUCGAUGAGCUUGUAAAAUUUAUUGUAUGUGCUUUUUAGUUAAUUUGUGCAUAAAUAAGGAAGAUGUAUGAAAAACCAAACUAAUUAUGAAUUAUGAUACUAUUGUUGAGUAUGAUGAUUAUUUUCCAUUUUGUCUAUGGUUUUGCCAUUAAUCUUUGUAGUUACAAGCAUUGACUAUGGUUCUUGGAGCUGCUAAUGAGGCGAUGGAACAGAGUAAGCUCGUGAACAUCCUAAUGAUUCCUCCCGGAAGUUUGAGACAUAUAUCACAUAAGUCGCUUGAGUUUGACCAACACUUUUGAUGAUAAUCUCUUCCCUACUUCAGAGAAGAUAAAAACUUCCAGUUUGUCAACUUGAUCCUGUUAACAACAACUUUUGACCUUGUAAUCAUAGUCGGGAUUUUGAGAUACUUAGCAUGCUUGUAAUCUUCUUAGAUGUUCAUUAGCUCCAUGCGAAUUCAAUCUCGUCCUCCUCUUAGAACAUUGGUGCUCAAGGAAACUUCAGACUUUGAAAGGUUCGCCAUCAAAUUUGAUUCCUCUUCGUAUAACUUUAGAAUUUCCAUGAGUUUUCGAAUAUGUUCUAUAUUGGCCUUUGCAAAUCGAAUAUAAUCAUCAACAAAUAAUAGGUGAGAGAAAGAAGGAGCUCUAAUACAUAUUUUACAACCAUGAAUCUUCUUCUCCUUUCCAUACUUGUUGAUAGUCGGCAACCCAUUCGAGCAAAGGAGGAAAAGAUAAGAAGAUAGCAAAUCUCUUUGUCCAAUUCCUCACAUCGGUGUGAAAAAAUCAUACUUGUGUCCACUAACUGUCACUGCAUAAUGAAUAGUAAACACAUAAUUCACUAUUAGUCCAUAUUCCAUCGGUCAUCAGCCCUCAUUUGUUGUAUGAUUUUUGAAGAGAAACCCACUCCACACGAUUAUAUACCGGUACUAUCAAUGUUAAGCUCUAGAGAGCCUAUUUUACUGUUGGUUUCCUCCUUAAUUGCAAAAAAAAAAAACAUUCAAACAGAGCAAUCACAUUAUCAAUAAUUGACCUUCUAUGAACCAUGGCAUUAUGGUUUCCACAAAUAAGAUAAUCCAAAGUCACCUUCAAGUGGUUUUCUUCUUCUUCACAAACAAACAUUCAAAGGGAAAAUCACAUUAUCAAUAAUUGACCUUCCAAAACGAAAGCACCUAAUUUUCAGUUUUUCACAACUAAGAUCAUCCAAAGUCCCCUUCAUGUUAUUAACAAUGGACUCUAAAGUAUUUUGUAUAGAAUUGUGCAUAUGCUUAUUGCCCUCAACACUGCAAGGGAUUAGGAUCUUUUUACCUUUUGAAUGAGUAAUGAUAAUGGUUCUGAUAAAAUCAAUAAGAAGAGGCCAAUUGGACUUAUUCGAGUUAAAUUUUGAACAUGCCAAUAAGAAACAGAUUUUAGUGUGGGCCGGUUAGUUCUAUACGAAUCCUAAUCAAGCUCUAAGAAGACAGACCUCAAAACGUUCUAAUCGUUACAUCUCCUCGCUACUCACUUUCCUCUUGAUUCACUUCGUCCUCCAAAUUUAUUUACUUAUCUAAAAAACCUAGAAUUCGAUCAACUCGCCUUCAACCUAUGUUCUAAAGAAAUAACAACUCUAAUCAAUAACAUAUCAAACA